AUGACUAGCCAUGUCUCCACGCCAGCGUCUGCCAACUAUGAGGAGCUUCGCCGCAGGGGCUUCAACGACCGCAUUCCAGAUGCAAAGCCAGCAGAGAUAGUGAGUCCAAACACAACUGCAGACGUUGUAGAAGCUGUGCAAAGGGCACGCCAGUGCGGCCGGAAGAUUGGCGUGCGCUCUGGCGGACAUCACUUCUUCCACCCCGACCUCGUCGAGAAUGGAAUGCUUAUCGACACCCGCAACCUAAACAAGAGCAUGGAAUUCGACCCAGCCACCAAGAUUGCCACCAUCAGCCCUGGUCAUACCGUUGAAGAUUUGGCUGGGUUCCUCGGCCCGCUGCAGAGGUUCUUCCCUUCAGGCCAUUCACGGUCCGUAGGAGUUGGCGGCUUCUUGCUUGCCGGUGGGCAGGGCCUUUUUAUCCGAGGAUGGGGCUAUACCUCAACCAACUGGGUUGAGAAGAUCGAGUUAGUAACGUCAGAGGGCGAGAUCGUCAUCGCAAGCAAGACGGAGAACCCUGACCUGUUCUGGGCGAUGCCUGGGAGCGGGCAGGGAUUCUUCGCCGUCAUCACGAGGAUCUGGAUCAAAACAAUUCCCAACAAGAGGCUUGUCGAUGUGACCACUAUUGUGGACUCCACAGACAUCUUCAAGCCGUUGCUGAAGUGGGUUUUGACGACUGUCAAGUCGAUCCCGAAGUACGGGGCUGAGCCUUUUUUCUGCACUUUCUACGCAGACAAGGACGAUCCAGAAGGGGGCGAGGAGUCCAAGAGCAAGCGAGUGUUCUUUGUCAUUAACCAAACCAUGUUUGCCGAUUCUCUCGAAGAGGCUAAGGUCCUCGCCAGCCCCUGGGCUACCAUACCUGAUGAGUUUAAAAGGCAUGUUAUCACAACCGUCCCGUUAACGGAGAGAGAUCGUGAGGGGCUGUGGGAGCUACAAGAAAAUUUCCAGCCGAGCGGAAAUGGAGAGCGCUGGAACGUUGAUAGCAUCUUGGCGAACCCCGAACUUAUCGAGGCCAUUACCCCGGCGCUCUACGACCUCCCGUCACGUCUUUCUACUGGAACCCUUUGUCCCCUCGACUACUAUCCCGAUGAGAGCGACCAAGCUCUAAGCCUCCCUCAGAAAAGCUACAUCUCGAGCAUGCUGUGCUGGAAAGACCCUGGGCGUGAUGUCUUCAUGGACAAGUGGCUUCGAAACGCCUAUGAGAAAGCUGGCGCGGUGUCUUGCGGUGUGUAUGCGGCAGAUUUUAAUGCUAACAAUAGGAUGACCAAGGUAAUGACUGAUUCUGCAUUGAAGAAAUGGCUUCGGAUCAGGGAAAAGUGGGAUCCCUCCGAAGCUUUCAUCGGCUAUCGAGGCUUCGCGAGCGCACUAGAUCUUCCUGCUUGA